UAAAGAUUGUAUCCCUUUCUGAAUUUUUUUAUUCUCUUCUGCACACUUUAUAAGUUAUUCCCUCCCUCUAACAUCUCCACUGAACGAUAAAAACUUUUCCUUAAAACAGAUAGUACAAGGGUCAGUUAGAUGACUUAGAGGAUAGAGAUCCAGGCCUGGAGACUGAAGGUCUAGGGUUGAAAUCUGGCCUCAGACACUUCCUAACUGUGUGAUUCUGAGCAACUUACUUAACCCUUAUUGCCUAGCCCUUACCAGUCUUCUUCCUUAGAACCAGUACAUAAUAUUGAUUCUAAGACAAGAGGUAAGGAUUUUUAAAAAAAAGUAAGAAGAACAAAUUGACACAUUCAAUGUAUCUUUGUUAAGAGGUGGGAAGCAUGCUUCAGUAUCAGUCUUCAGGAGUAAGAAUUAGUUGCUGCAUUGGUCUCUGUAUGGCAUUUACCUGCCCUUGUAAAACUUUACUUCUUUUCACCUACAUUAUUGUUCCAAUAUGCCAGCUGCCUUGUUUUUCCAUUUCUUUCUGUGCCUUUGAACAUGCUGUACUGCAUCUUGGGACCCCUGAUCCCAUUCCUUCCAUGUACUUCCUUAUCACAUCUACUUCUUACAAUUCCUUAUUUUCUUCAAACCAAAGUGGAAGUUCCUUUUACUAAAUGAGGCCCUUCUCCCUUGCUAAUGACAUCAUCACUGUCAUCAAUCAACUUGUAUUUAUUAUAUAUAGAAUUUUCUUGUGGCAGAAACUUUUGUUUUAAUUUUAUCUUUAUACCCCUGACCACUACUACAUCACUUGACUGACUGACCAUAGUUUAUAAUUCAUAGUCCCUUUUAGGCUUUGAACUUUGGGUUCUCUUAAUAACGUCCUAUGGAUUUUGAUUGUUUUCCCAAGUUCUACUUCAUUUCAAGUUUGAGCUCAUCCUUCUAGCUCCUUGGAUUCCUGGAGUCCUAGGCCCUUGGUCCACUUUCAUUGCCUUCAGGUAAAAAUGUACUCUCUUGACAUUUAAUUAACUCCUGACUGCUUCUUACCUUUUGCUCCAUUUUGAAAUGGUUUGUACACAAAUUUUUGUCAGAAUCUCUUUUAAAUUUGCACAUUUUUAGUUCCAUUCUUUGUUAAGCAUUUUUAUUUUUCCUGAUUCCAUUCUUUAAGUCAGUAUAGUGUCAUGGGAAGAACUCUGGAUUUGGAGUAAGAAAAUUUUCUUUUGGGUAUUAGUUUUUCUACUUACUGGAUGAGUAACCAUGGGAAAACCAGUUCACCUUUCUAAGACUUGAUUAUCUAUAAAAUGGUCAUCAAAUAAUUUGUAUUAAUGUACCUCAGGGGACAAUUGAGAGAAAAAUGCUUUGUAAAUUUUAAAACACUAAAGAUAUUGUCAAUUUUGUUUGUUGGAAAAUAAUCAGUUGGAUGGUCUGUGGUAGUAUCAAAGCAUUAAUUACACUGUAGAUGGAGUUGUGAAUUAGCCCAGGCAUUCUGGAAAGCAGUUUAGAAUUAUGUAAGGAAAGUUAUUAAAACAUUUGAUCUAGCUGUCCCAUUAUUAGGGUUUUGUCCUGUGGUGUUUAUGACAAUAAAAAGUUUCGAUAUGUACUGAAGUAGUCAUAAUAGUAUUAAUUGCAGUAAGAAAAAUCUGGAAACAAAUUGCCCAUUAUUCACUUAACCCCAUCAUACUCUAGGUAACUUUUUAAGACUUAAGUUGCAGAGAAAGUGUGACUUGCGUUAGUGGAGGGAGUUUCUUUAUCUGGGAGUUCCUAAUUAAUAGAAAUCAUAGAUCAAGUCCCUGUUAAGAGAUAAUUCUCUUAGAGCCACCAGAGUGAGAGGUUUAAGUGGUAUAUAUACAGGUGGUGCAAAGACCAAAGCUGUUAGUUAAGAAAAAUGUAUGUUCCAGUAGAUUGGGGAAUGAUUGAACAAAUUGUGAUUUAUGCUUAUAAUGGAAUAGUUACUAUGCUCUGAGAAAUGACAGGAAGAAUUCAUAUCUAAAGUUGGAAGACCUGUAUGAACUGAUGUAUAUCAGAGAACACAUGAUAACUACAGGAAUAUAAAUGAAAGUUAUACUAAGAACAGAUAGUGAUGACCAAUAUUGAUUAUAGAUUAUUAAUAUUUAAAUAUGCUACUUUUAUGUGGAAAAUUCUGUGGUGGAGAAUUCUAUGUACUGUCAGUCACAAUUGCUAUUUUGGAUUAUUUUGCUUAACUAAGCAAAGUACAAUUUGAAUUUUGCCAUUGUAAUUAUAUCCCAUAAUUAGCUCUUCUGUCUCAACCAUUUCAGUUUAGGCUGUCUAAGUCUCUUCUCCAAACUCUGAGUUUUUAUCAAAAACCCAUUGGUCUAGUCAGAGAUUCUCAUCUGCUUAGGAAAGGUUUUAUCACCCUUUCUCUAAGUUUAGGUUUACUCUACCAUGUUAAAGAUGAUUGGAGCUUUCCCUGGAAAAUCCCUUAAUUAUUUUCCACUUCUUUUAAUCUGGGGUGGUUACCUCUCUAUCAACAAUAACAUUUGGCUGGGAAAGGUGGCAUGUGGCCAUAGUACAAACUGUCUCCUCCAUAUUCAUCUUGCCUUGGCUUUAUUAGCUUUAUUUAACUUCAGAGUCAAUCCCUCACUUUUCUGACUUAUCUCAUUUUCAUCACUUGUCAUUCUCAACCAAUUUUCAGCCUAAAUUCUGCUCCUGUCCAUCUUCCUGGAGACAUAUAAUUAAGGCAAGUAAAUCUUGAAGGCUAUACUAAUCAGAUUUUGAAAUGAUCUCUUAAGUUUGCUGAACUGCUGGAAUCAUACAGAUACUCCUGCAAUUGGUUUUCUUAGAAAUAAAGUAUGAAUAUCAUUCAUUGAUAAAACAUGAAGCAGUGAUUAUGAUUUUAUUUCAUUUUUUAAAAAAACUCCCUUUCCCUCUUGGAAUCAGUAUUGUAUGUUGGUUAUGACACAGAAGAGUGAUAAGGGAUAGGCAUUGGGGUUAAGUGACUUGCCCAGGUUCACAUAACUUGGAAGUGUCUUAGGCCAGAUUUGAACCCAGGACUCCCAUCUCUAGGUGUGGUUCUUAAUCCCCUGAGCUACCUAGCUGCCUGUGUUUGAUAAUUUGAAAAAGUAUAAAUAGUGUUUUUUUAAAAAGAUAAUUUUCACAUGCUUUAACAUUCCAUGUAGAAUAACCCCUACCCUCCAUAGAUUAGGAAGAGAAGCAUUCAAGGAACUAUAUAGAUAUAAAUCUGAUAAUUCAUUGCUAUGACUUUAUAUCUUCCCCAACCAUUCCAGUUUCAAAAACUACAACAUUGUUUAUACAGGUUCUUUUUAAGGAGUCCCAAGGAUUUAAAACACAAUUAGUAUUGUUCUAUUUCCUUCAUUUGAGAAAAAUAGCUUCUUAGUAAAUGUAACUUGUUUUUGUUAGUGAAGAAUGCCAUUGAAUAAUGCCAAAUUAUUAUUAGGAGCUUAAAAUUAAAAUAUUUAUAACCAAAACCUACUUAAGAAAUUUAUGAGAAAAAGGUUUGCUAUUGUUUGGAGUCUAGCAUAGUAAUGUUUUGAAAGCUCUCAAGAGUAAAUUUAGAAAGUUUUGAAUUUGAUUAUGACAAUCAUUUUUAAAAAUAGAAGAACUUUUCAAAACACACUAAACAUAAUGAUGCCAACAUUCCUGUUCAUCGUCAUAGUGCACUUGACUCUUGGUAUAGGGUUAGAGGUUCUUUGGUAGUGAUACUGGAACUCCCCAGUGUGCUAGAUCUUGAGUCUAGUGUACUUGCAAUUUUAAAAAUCUUGAAAAUUAGGAUUUAGAGGAAUCGGUUUUUUUCCCCUCAAUAAUAUUUUGCCAUAACAGAAAAUUAUCUUAAUUAGUAGUAGUAGUCUCUAGGUAACUGAGGAUGACGAUUGUCUUUGUGCAUUUUCACCUAUGAUAGAUGAGUGUGCACAAAGACACUUGUGCAUGAAGGAGAUUUAAGUGGAAAAGUCGGUGAACAGAGACAGUCCCACUCUCUCGGCGUUGGAAGCCUGGGUCCAAUGGCACAAAAAAAUCGUUACACCUGGAGAUUUCCUCAGCUGCAUUGGAUGGCCAUGUUGUCCUUUGUGCUCCAAUACGCCCUAAGCACUCCACAGUGCUUUGCUGCGUCGCCCUCUCAGCCGUUGAACCUUCUUGUUGGUUUCUUCUUCCUGUCCUGCUGAAGCAGUCUUCAUGUGCUGGCUUUUACGGGAAUUGAAGCACCCUAAUGUGAUUGCAUUACAAAAGGUGUUCCUUUCUCACAGUGACAGAAAGGUUUGGCUGCUAUUUGAUUAUGCAGAACAUGAUUUAUGGCACAUCAUUAAGUUUCACCGGGCCUCAAAAGCAAAUAAAAAACCAAUGCAGUUGCCAAGAUCAAUGGUUAAAUCACUGCUUUACCAGAUUCUUGAUGGAAUCCAUUACCUCCAUGCAAACUGGGUGCUUCACAGAGACUUGAAACCAGCAAAUAUCCUAGUAAUGGGAGAAGGCCCGGAAAGGGGGAGAGUCAAAAUAGCUGACAUGGGUUUUGCCAGAUUAUUCAAUUCUCCCUUAAAACCUUUAGCAGACUUGGAUCCAGUAGUAGUGACAUUUUGGUAUCGAGCUCCAGAACUGUUGCUUGGUGCAAGGCAUUAUACAAAGGCCAUUGAUAUAUGGGCAAUUGGUUGUAUAUUUGCUGAACUAUUGACUUCAGAACCUAUUUUUCACUGUCGUCAGGAAGAUAUCAAAACAAGCAAUCCUUUUCAUCAUGAUCAACUAGAUCGUAUUUUUAGUGUCAUGGGAUUCCCUGCAGAUAAAGACUGGGAAGAUAUUAGAAAAAUGCCAGAAUAUCCCACACUUCAAAAAGACUUUAGAAGAACAACGUAUGCCAAUAGUAGCCUCAUAAAAUACAUGGAAAAACACAAAGUCAAGCCUGACAGCAAAGUUUUCCUUUUGCUUCAGAAACUUCUUACUAUGGAUCCCACAAAGAGAAUUACCUCAGAACAAGCAUUGCAGGAUCCUUAUUUCCAAGAGGAUCCCCUACCUACAUCAGAUGUGUUUGCUGGCUGUCAGAUUCCAUAUCCCAAACGAGAAUUUCUUAAUGAGGAUGAACCUGAAGAAAAAGGUGACAAGAAUCAGCAGCAGCAAAAUCAGCAUCAGCAACAAACAGCACCUCAGCAGCCACAGCAGGCAGUGCCACCGCCACCACCACCACAGCCACAGCCACAGCAGCAGCAACAGCAACAAAACAACACCCAGACCAAUGGAACAGCAGCAGGAGCAGGAGGAGGGGGUACUGGGGCAGGGCUCCAGCACAGCCAGGACUCAGGCCUUAAUCCAGUGCCUCCAAAUAAGAAACCACGGCUAGGUCCUGCAGGCACUAACUCAGGCGGGCCUGUUAUGCCUUCUGAAUAUCAGCACUCCAGUUCACGCCUGAGUUACCAAAGCAAUGUUCAGGGAUCGUCUCAGUCCCAGAGUACCAUGGGCUAUUCCACGUCAUCUCAGCAGAGCUCCCAGUACCAUCCUGCUCACCAGGCUCACCGGUACUGAGAAGUCCAGCAGACUCCCCUCAGCAUGGAAUGAAUGAACCAAAAGUUAAAGGCUCCAGCAAUAUGAAGGUCACAGUGAGAAGAACCAAAAAUGCAAACUGUGAUACAGAUGGAAGAUUCUUAAGUAUAUGAGAACUUUAUUGACCGAAUGUUUUGUGGUGGACUCAUCACCCUUCUUUAUUAGCUUAAAGAAGGUUCUUGUGAAGUUUCCCAGCUCCCUUCCCCUGCAUGUGUUCCAUUGUGGUUACUCUGAUAAAAAACGUCUGAUCUAAACCCAGCACUUAACUUUUCUAACCUUCAGCAUUGUUUUGAAGGAUUCCUGGUGCACCUUUCUCAUGCUGUAGCAAUCGUCUUGAUUUAAUCUUUUCAAAGCUCUUUAAUAGAAUUUUAAUGUUUUAGAUUGAAUUUCAGCUGUAUAUAGUUUUAUACUAAGCAAAUUGGUUCAACAACACAGGUAAAAUGCACCUUUUUAAAGCACUACGUUGUUUUCACAGGAUGUUACUGUUUUGCUCAUGGAUGUCCUGAACAGAACAUUUUAACUGUUCUGGAGUAUUUACUGAUUGUUUUUAUUAGUCUAGUUUUCAGGGAAGGUAUGUUAAAGGGAGGGGGAAGAGGAAAACCCACAACAGAAAAACAUUCUAGGUCCUUGCAACUAAUAUGCUUCAGACUAGCCAAGUGAACACUAGUUAAGGGAUUGCAGUUGAUACAUACAUUAAUCAUUCAUAUGGAGCCCAGUUUGUAGAAUCAUCAUCUUGUUCCAUAUAGUUUUCAAUAAUUGUGUCAUGAUUUUCAUCUAUCUCUAAGGCAUCCUUUAAUAUAGCUAAGACCACCUUAACAGAUUUCAGAACUUUGGUAGAAUGUAGUUUCCCCGGACAUUCAUACCAGCCAGCAAGAAAAACAGUUUUAACUACAUUCAAAUUUCAUUAGAAAAGGAGUGAAUGUUGAUUAAAGGAUGCAUUACCUAACCUUUCAAAAGAAAACUUUUCAUAGUUAUUGUAUAUAAAGUUGGCUUCCCUAAAAACUUAUCCAUUUCUUUAGUUUUGACCAGCUUGCAUAAAUAGCUUAAGUAAUCAAAGUUAACCAAAUAAAUGCAUACAAGCUAACCUUUAAAAUAUAAAUUUGAUGAUUCCCAUUCAUUUUUGCAUUAGAUGUAAAGUAACUAUUUCAAAGGCAUGUUAAAACAUCUAGAUUUUUUCAUGUUUAAGAUAAGUAUUAUGUAUACAUAAUAGUGCUGUUGUUGAUGCAACUUUGUAUUAAGAGGCUUUACAUUGCACUGAAAUAUUUCUUUUGCCCCGAGGAGAAAACUUUAUGAGUGUGUCUAAAAUCUGUAGGCAGAUAAGUGUAAGUCUAUAAUAGCUAUCAUGAGUAUUCUAGUUACCAUAAAUCAGACACUAAGAAUUCCAUCAUUGUGUAGAUGUUGGCCCUUGCUCAUCAGGAAAGUAAUGAUUUGGGGAAGGAUUUUUUUUUAAAGUGUUUAUAAAGUAAUAUAAAGAUUGGCAACUCUUAUCACAAUAUAUAUAAAAGGGAAGAUAUCUGGGUUCUUCAGAAUGCUUUUAACCAUGGAAGUGGCACCAGCCUUAUUUCACAAAUUGUUUUCUGGAACUAGAUGUAACCUCAAUAACUGUAUACAAUUUUUUACUAUUUGUGAACUCAUCUACCUGCUUUUGAUAAUCUGGGUCCAGACACAAGUAAAAUAAGACUUUAGGUAGAAUCCAUUAUACAUUUUGCACUAAUGAUAUGUUGUUAUGACCAACAAAGGGUCUUACUUCUCUCAGUGUAAUGUUAAUAAUGAAUAAUUAAUCAUUUAUUUAAAACUCUGAAGACUAAUCAUAGACCAGGCCACAGGCUGCAUUCAAAGCAAGUUUCUGUUUUUCAUAAUUGGGUUUUCUCCCUUUCCUGCUUUUUUAUGAGAAAGCAGCUAAUAGCCGGUGUCUAGUACAGUGCCUUGCACAUAGUAGGAAUUCAAUAAGUGCAUGCUGAAUUAAAUCAUUAUACUCAUGCCAGAGUUAUAAGUUUAUCAUAUACGCUGAACCACAAUCUAAAGCUGUCAGUUAAGUAUUUAUUGAGCAUGUACUCUUUGCCUAGUGUUGGACUAGAUAACCUUGGAAGAUGCUGAACUCUGGUGCAGGCCCAAAAGAGGCUUACAUUCUAGUUGGAGAAAUAAAACUAAGAGAAUUCCACACUUUGUGGGGACUGCCUUAUCUGCAGUCUUGUAUCAAGGUCCUUGGGAUGUUACUAAAUCCCCUGAAGAUGGGUUCUUAUUCCAGUUUCUGAUCCUAUACGCAAGCAGUGUUCUAAUCCAAGGGUUACACUGUGUAUACAACUUCAAGAGAGAGAAAGCACCAAUUAUUAUUGCAAUGCAAUGAAAGGAAAUUAAACUGUUUUUGGAAUACUAAUUAAAGUAAUAAUGCUUUAGUGUCUAUUGUGGCCCAAGCUAAACUAAAUGCUUUAUAGAGUUAGAUGGAAAGUACUCUUGUCAUAAAGGAGAGAUUACAUGUAGUGGAGGAGAUAGAACAAAGAAAGAGCAAAAGAGACAGGCCAAAAUGUCAUGUUCUUUAGUACUUGGGACAUUUGCAAACAUUUCACAGUACUAUAUAUGACAUGAGUUUUAUGGGCUGGUACUGAAUUUUCUCUCUUAGAGUCUUCUUUUCUCAGAGUGUUCAUGAACAUAUGUGUACGUGUGUGUGCAUAUGCAUGCACAUGCACACAUACCUCAUCACAGCCAUAGAUCCUUUUUAUUGACUAGUGGUUUUACCAUUGAACCAAACUUGUUACUUUUUUUUCCUCCUUGUCCUGUCCCCAUUAAUACUCAUUCUUGCCUUGUUUUAAAAUAAUUUUCAUUUUGUUUUAAUUUUUAAAUUGAUAUUUCAUUUCAAAGGAGAGAAUUUGAAAACACAAUUUUUACAUUUGAUUUUUCCCAUGUCCAAGUGAACAUAGCUUCAUCUGAAAAUAAAGUAGAUACUUCUGUAUGCUCAAGGGUAUAGUGUUUGAAGAUACUCAGAUCAGGGUACUUAAAAGAGUAAAAUAAAAAUGCAUAAUGCUUUUUGGCGUGUUUGCUGCCAUUCCUAUUGCCAAUCAUCUUAGAACAACUUUCUCUCUGGUUUUACAGUGAGAUGAAUGUAUAUCUAGAAGAAAGGUGUUCCAGAAUCAUAAAGUAUAUAAAAGUAAAGAUUAGGCAUCCUCAUGUCAGGGCUGACAUAAUGAGGUUGGAAUUACCUUUGUAAAAAGAUAAAUGCAGUAAUGCAGUAACUUGCAAAAACCAAGGACUAGUAAGUAUAUUUUUGUACCUGUGUGAUUUUUGAAAAAUGACUUAGUACUUGGAAUUUUGGCCUUCUGCAUAGCUUCUUUGCCCUCACAAAAGCAUUUCACACUUUGCAGUUAAGGAUAAAAAGUGACAUUUGCUUAUUUAUUUGUUUAUGGCCUGGUUCCUUUAGUUAAACAACAGAUGACUGUUCACCUCUCUAUAAUGAUGUGAUUCUGUUAGUUGAGGUUUAAAAAAAAAGAAAGACAAGGGGGAAUCAGAUUAGCUACUAUCUACUUUGAGUAAAGUUAUGUAGCAAAAAAAAACCCAAAAACUAUAUAAUGAAGGAAAAAUUUUAUGAAAAUUGAAAAUCCUGCCUGCAUAGUACCUGAAAUGCUAUCUUCUUGAAGGAUAAGGGUUCAGAAAUAGCAUUCAGAAGAGUCUUGAAGUAUUCAAAUACAUGUAACGUUUUAUAUAAAACAUAGCAGCUUAGGUUCCCUUUAUAAGCUUCAGGAAUGGUCCACAAAUAUCAUUAAGCAAAGAUAAUUGUUGUAGGAUUUUAAAAAAAUAAAACAAUGUAUUAUACAUAAGGCCAUACAUACUCUUUUAUGGUAUCACUACAAAGGAGUGAUAUGUAUUACUAUAUGAAAAAAAUCCUUAAUGCACUGUUAUCUCUUAAAUAUUUAGUAAAUUAAUACUAUUUAAUUUUUUUAAAGAUCUGUCUGUGUAGACACUAAAAGUAUUACACGAAAUGUGGACUGAAGAUGUCCUUUUUAAUAGCAAUUUAAAUAACUUUUUAUAUAUGUCAUGUAGUAUAUAUACUUUCCAAAUUGCUCUAGUUUGUAUUUUCCCAUGUUUCCUAUUUGUGAAAGUGUGCCUGUUUGUUUCCUCUUUCAAUAAUUACAUGCACGUGUUCUUCAUUUUCUAAUUAUUACAUGGAGUACUAUAUAUACUUUUCAUGAUGCCGCAAAGGUUUGCUGCCCUAAUCAUGUGGUAGUCACAGACAGCUGUGCCCCUUCUGAUGGGUGUACAGGAAAAGAGCCGCUUGCUUACUUUCGAGUUAAGAGUUUACUGCAUUUGAGUUGUCUUGAUAUCAUUCUCAAAACGACUAUUAAAACUAAAAUGAGUUAAUGGCAUUUAUUUUAUAUUCUCAGUUGUAAUAAAAUUUAAUUGACUUUGCUUCUGUGUGAAUUUUUUUUAAGUCGAAAUAAUAUAAAUUUGUAAUAAUAAUAAAAAGGAAGUUGAGAUCUGA